UACAGGAAACUAUCCUAAUACUUCAAGCAACUCCAAUUACAGAGAGCACAGAUAUUUAAGUGUGGCCCAAAUACAGGAAUCCAGACUGUUUCCAGAUGCUACAUAGCUGCAGGUCCCUUUUCAUUGGGCAAAAACGCAUGCAACACUGCCAUGUGAUUGCUAGCACCCCUCCUUGAGCUGAGAACACUUCUCUCUUAAGAAAAUCAACAAAACUGAAAGUUGUAAGCAGCAGCGAGCAGAAGGAGACUGAGCACGCCAGAAGCCACACUAGCUGAGAAAGACAGAGAGCCCCUGCUCCAGACAAUGAAUUUUUCUGAGAUGACGCUAAAUGACAGCUCCACUAACAGCUUAUUCAACUGUAGCACAGAUGCCUUCAAGCAAGUCAUUUAUCCCGUCAUGUACCUCUUUAUCUUUUUCCUGGGCAGUGUUGGAAAUAGCCUCUCCAUAUAUGUUUUCCUCCAACCUUCCCAGAGGAAGACCUCGGUAAACAUUUACAUGCAGAACUUGGCGGUUUCAGAUCUCAUGUUUGUGAGCACUUUGCCCUUCCGGGCCUCCUAUUACCUGUUGGGAUCCCAUUGGGUUUUUGGUGAUAUCCUCUGCAGGGUCAUGACGUACACCAUGUACGUGAACAUGUACUGCAGCAUUUAUUUUCUCACCGUGCUGAGUGUGGUUCGUUUCACGGCCAUCGUCUACCCAUUCAGGAGCUGGAAAGUAACCAACAUGAAGUAUGCCAAGAUAACGUGCGCAGUGAUAUGGGUCUUUGUUCUGGCAGCCUCCUGCCCUCUGCUGAGCAAAGAAAUCGCCGGAUAUGAAAACCCAGCCAAGUGCUUGGACCUCCAUCCCAGCAGCACGCACAGGCUCAUCAUGAUGAACAGCUUUGUCCUUGUUGUGGGCUUCAUCUUGCCUUUUUGCACAAUUAUCAUCUGCUACAUCUUUGCCAUCAGAGCACUGCUCAAGUCCAGGGCUCCCCAGUGCAAGAAGGCUGUCUGUCACAAGAAAGCACUGUCAACCAUCAUCAUCACUCUCAUCCUCUUCCUCCUGUGCUUCCUGCCAUACCACAUACUGCGGACGGUCUACCUGGUGCUCGGUGGCUGCAGCCAGGCCAACCUGCCUGUGCAUAAAGCACAGGUGGUCUCGCUCUGCCUUGCUGCCACCAACAGCUGCCUUGACCCUGUGCUAUAUUACUUUGCCGCUGAAAAUUUCAAAGCGAGAAUUAGAAGUUUAUACCGAAGGUAGCUCAUGCAGAAUUGCAGUAUUACAUCCCUGCAAUCCUGCCAAGACACCUAGACUGCAUCCAUACUAUGUGAUGAAAGAAGCUACGUGGUGCUGACCACCUCAUAGCCAUACUGCUCUAUGCCAGGCCCCUUGGGAACAGAAGUGUUUGGGAUAAAGUUCAGUGGGGACAGUCAAUACCAAGGCAGGAGCUCAGCAGUGUGGGUAAUCAGAAGUCAGGUCAUAGAAUCAUAGGAUGGCCUGGGUUGAAAAGAACCAUAAUGAUCAUCUAGUUUCAACCCCCCUGCUGUGUGCAGGAUAACCAACCACAGCCUCCUUAGGCAACCUGUUCCAGUGCAUCACCACCCUCUGAGUGAAAAACUUCCUCCUAAUAUCAAACCUAAACCUCACCUGUCUCAGUUUAAAACCUUUCCCCUUGUCCUAUCACCAUGUACCCUCAUAAAGAGUCAUACCCCUCUUGUUUAUAUGCUCCCUUUAAAUAUUGGAAAGCCACAAUGAGGUCUCCCCGGAGCCUUCUCUUCUCCGAGCUAAACAAGCCCAGUUCCCUCAGCCUUUCUUCAUAGGA